AUGUCGCCUUCUCUGCAAGCGCUCGCCGGGCGCUCGCCCCUUCGGGGGCGCCCGCGGCCGGUCGGAGGCGCGCCGUCGUCGCCGGAAAGUCGCUGUGAGAGCGCCUUCGCUGUUCCUGAGGCAGACAGCAGUCCGUGUGCGAGUGAUCCUGCGCCCUCGCUCAUCCGCCACGCCGCCAUGUUUUCGCCGGGAGACCUCGUCUGGGUGCCCUCGGCGUCGGAGGGGUACUCCACCGCGGUCUUCGUCUCCCUCAACAUCGCCCAAGACACGCUGACUGCGCAGCUCCACCCUGCGGCCGCCCAGCACGCAGCGGCCGCCCGCGAGCUCCUCGGCAUCCCCGCCGCCUCAGCUCUCGCGUCCUCGAGCCCGGCUUCAGACGCCUCAGAGUCGCGCGCGUCUGCGUCGCCGCGUCUGCAGCCGCUGAGGGGGGAGCGCCUGGGUGCACCCCCCAGCACGCGCGAGCUCGCGGCCGCGGUCAUUGCUGGGCUGCGCAGCCGCCAGGGAAGCCCCUCGCCCCUGUCGCCACGGGCGGGGAACAGUGGCGAGGAGGCCGGAAGCGCCUCGCUGGCGUGUGAGGCGUCGCCCGACCAGGACUCGGAGGGUGGCGAGGCCCCGUACUCUGUAGAAGUCUCUCCAGAUUCUGCUUCUGCGUCGCCGCCGCCAAGCCCCCACGCUGCGCCCGAGUCAGGCUUCGACUCGCGGCUGUCCACGCUGCCUCCCGCCGGCAUGGGGCCUGUCGUCACCGUGCCGCUUUCUGACUGCUGGCCUUACCACCCUUCGCCGCUGCCGCCUUCGCAGCCGCCCGAGGACGCGUCCGCGCUCGACAGUCUCUCGUCGCCGUCAAUUCUGGAGCUUCUGGAGCACCGCUUUCUGCGGAGACAGAUUUACACCAACGCCGCACACGUCCUGCUCGCGCUGAACCCGUAUACGGCGCUCCCGGAUCUCUACAGCCAAGAGGUGAUCGACGUGUACCGACACUGGAAGAGCAACAGCGCCUCCGCGGCUGCCGCGUCGCUUCCGGCGUCAACGGCCGCCCUGCUGGGGCUGGUGAAGGAGCCGCCGCGCGAGGCGGGCUCCAGCAACGCCGCCCGGCCGUUCCACGGCUCGCCCUUUCCUCCGCCACACCCCUUCGCGGUUGCCGAAGACGCCCACCGGCGCCUGCGAGGCGAGGGAAAGAACCAAACGAUCAUCGUCAGCGGCGAGAGCGGAGCCGGGAAGACAGAGACGAGCAAGAUUAUCAUGCUGUACCUGACGCAGGUCGGCGUCCACGCGCAGAGUAAAGGCCCUGGCGCGGACGCGGAAGCGACUUCCUCCUGGCUGCUGUCCUCCGCCGCCUUCUCGCAGUCGCGGCAGGAGCGCGAGCGCGCCGUCGCGGCUAUGCUCGGAGAGGGCGGGAAAAGCCAGACGCAGGGGCAGGUCAGCACGCUCCAGCAGAAAAUCCUGAGCUGCAACCCCGUUCUGGAGGCCUUCUGCAACGCCACCACCCGGCGAAACGUGAACAGCAGUCGAGUCGGCCGACUGACCUUUCUCCACUUUGAUAGCGUCGGCCUUCUUCGUGGCGCCAGCAUCAAAACAUAUCUCCUCGAGAGCGCGCGAGUCUCCGCACACGCCCUGUGGGAACGAAACUACCACGUCUUCUACCAAGUCCUGAGAGGAUGCAGCGACGAGGACUUGGUUAAACGGCGCCUGACGCGCGACUACCGCGGUUACGGGCUCCUGCGCCCGACGGAGUCUCAUGUCGCCGACGACAGAGGCCUGCGUAGGCGCUCGCUUCGAGCCUCGAGUUGCAAAGCGACGCGUAGCGGGCACGGAGAGACGCCGCUUGCGGCGCAGGGGAGGCGCGCGCGCGACGCCGACGCGCUGAGGCCCUCUCCUGAGGAAGUCGAGCGCGACGCGGCGAACUUCGUUGCGUUGAUGCAUGCGCUGCGCACCACGGGCUUCUCCAAGCGGCAGAUCAGCGAAAUUCUCGACAUCGUGGCAGGGCUGCUGCAUCUAUCGAACGUGAAUUACGUCGAGGGGCCUCCGGUGAAGGCUGGCGACACACACUCACUUCUCCUCGCCCCCGACGAAGGCACACCGGCGCCCACCGUGGCGGAGGGCGAGUCCGGGGGAGACCAAGAGGCCUCAAGUCGAGCCGAAGAGACGAGUCGCGCGAGGUGCGCGCUGACAGCUGCGGCUGAGCUGCUGAAGAUCGAAGCGGACGCGAUUGAAGAAGUCCUCCGCUGGGAAGUCCUGCGCACGCGACACGACGUCGUGCGGAAGGAGCGAAGGGAGAAGCAAGCGGUCGCCGCCAGAGACGCACUGGUAAAGUUCAUCUACAAAAAACUCGUCGCCUACAUCCUCCAAGAGCUCAACCGCAACGUGCGCAAAUGCACCGGCGAGGAGGGGAAGGGCGCGAGCGCGGCCGCGACCGAAGACGCCGCAGAGUCUGACGAGGAGACCGAAGACGAAGACGCCUGCGAGGACCCCGAGGCCUUCAUUGGAAUUUUGGACAUCUACGGCUUCGAGUGCGUGGACGGCUCUAACGGGUUCGAUCAGCUCUGCAUCAACUACGCGAACGAGCGCCAGCAGGAGUUGUUCAUUCAGAAGGUCCUCUACGAGGAGCUGCGGCUGUACGCGCGCGAAGGCAUCGUUUGCUACUCGGACUUGCCGCUCGGCGGCGACGCAGCCGCGGGCGCCGGUCCGCCUUCCCCCGCCGGGCUCCUCGCCCCCCUCCCAGUGGCCCCAGUGACGCCCCGCGGGGUCUCCGCGGCAUCCGCCUCCUGCUCGCAGAGGGGCUUGUCGCCCCGUUCGCCAGCGCGGCUGGCGCACCCCAGCGGCAGCGGCGCUUCAGGCGCCUCGCCCUGCCCGUGGUCGCCGCACGAGAGCUCCGCGGCGGGUAACGCGCGGCUCGCUUCGUGUUUCGCCGUGCCUUCCCCGGCAGCCGAGCUCGGCGCGCCUUUUUCGCUGCCAGGCGGCUCGCUCGCGCGGGACGGCACCGAGGCUCAGGUGCAGCGCUUCGCGGCCUCGCUGCUCCCCGAUCGGUCUCUGCUGCUCGCGUUCCUUCACGAGGGCCUGUUCAGGCGCCUCGACGACAACAGUCGCCUCAAGGCGCAAGGCCAGCAGCGCACAGACGCGCACUUCUGGCGGGACUUCUUCCUCUUUUGCCGCCAGCAGCAGCAACUCCUCCUCGCGCACCGCCCCGCUGCGCUCGGCGCCGGCGACUGCGAAGGCGGCGGCCUCCGCGCGAGCAGCGCGCCGCGGGGGGCCGCCGCAGAGAGAGGCCUCGGCGGCGCAUGGUGUACUGCCGCGCCGAUUCUGUUCAGACUGAAGGGCGGGGCGGGCGCGGCGGCGGCCUUCGCCGCGGCGACGGCGGGCGAGAGAGGCCGCGAUCACUCCGGCGCAGGAGCUGCGGCGUGGCGACGCAACAAGCGGGAGUUCGAAGAGGCUGAGGAGGGUCUUGUGGGAGCCGGGAAGGUCCUCCCGAACCUCUCCGACGGCGCGGCAGCAGCCAACAAAGUUGAGGAAGGCAUCUUCGUCGUCCGCCACUUUGCGGGGCUUGUGCAGUACGACGUCGAGGGGUGGCUCGAUCGCAACAACGACAAGGCGGAGGCUUCGAUUGAAUCUCUGAUCUCGUUCUCGCCGAUGAAGACGCUGCGCCGCCUGGCGCUUGUGGACGGGGGUUCGAAGGCCUCGUCGCUGCCCCUGGCGGGAGCUGAUGCUUCGCCCUCGCCGGGCUUCCUCUCGCCGACGCAUGGCUCUCGGUCUGCGGCCAGCUCGGUGUUCACAUGCGCGGGCUCGCCGUCAUUUCAGCCGCGCGACGGCCUCCUGCUGCCGCAGGCUCUGGCGGGGGGCAGCAAAGGGCACUUCUCGUCGCUCAGCCGGACUUUUAUCAACGAUUUGCGGCAGCUCAUGACGCAGCUGGGAAGCAGCUCGAUGCAUCUGCACUUCAUUCGCUGCUUCGUCCCCAACGGGGAGAUGCUCCCACUCACGUUUAACCGGCUGCUUCUCCUCCGGCAGCUUCAGCAGUCCGGAUCCGUCGCGCUGGUCCAGAUUUUGCACCAGGGUUUCCCCCACCGUCUGCCGCUCCGCGCGACGGCCGCCGCCUUCAAGGAGCAACUCGCGCUCUGCGUCGAGAAUGUGAAGCGCCAGACAACGGACGCCGACACUCGGCGGCGCCUGGAGGCGCUCCUCGUGCAAACUAUUCCCGAUGGACGUCUCAUCGCCUGCGCGCUCUCCCAGCUGCCGUCGUGUCCGGCAGGGUCACACUGCUGUGGGACGUCGCUGGUGUGUUUCAAGGUGCAGUCGUAUCCUGCGGCCUCGUCGCUGCUGCGGCAGCCCACAGCGUUUUUCGACUCUGCACCGCCGCUGCUUCGUCUCCUCUCGGACGUCACGCGGCGCCGGUGGCGUGUCGGAAUCGUCGUCGCGGGUCGCGUCAAGAAGGUGCUCGCUUGGUUGCUUCGGCGCGCGCAGCUUCUGCGGCGCCUGAAGGAGGAGGCUGCGCAGCUGGCGGUCCGCGUGAUUCUUCUGAAGCGCGUAAUCCUCAACACGCUGCGGCAGAAAGUCCAGAAGCGCGCCCGUGUCCGACAGGGCGUCGGAGGGCUCCAGCGGAUGGCGCUCCGCGUCGGCUUCGAUCGCUGGCGCAGCGCUUGCCGGCGCUGGGCGCAGGCGGAGGCCGCCGUCGCGUCGCUCGCGGCGCGGAAGGAGCUCGCCAAUCAGCUGAACGCGAGGCACAAGAGCGACUUGGCGCACGCCGUCCUCGCGAGACAGCGCGGCAGCCUCCGCGCCGACGCGGAGGACCCAGACGAGGCUGCGCGGGAGACCGAGAAGGCGCAGGCGGAGGAAGAAGAGCGCCGCCGUGGUCAGGAAGCUGCCCUCACGACUCGGCUCGCGGGGGAGACGUGGAAGUACGCCUGGAAGGCAGAGCUGUUCAACAUGAGCGCGGGGCGGAAGACGCGCUGCGGGCGGAGAGGCGGGCGCGACGGCGACAGUCGCGCCGCCGCGGCGGACUGCGAGCGCAUGCUGCUCUUCAGCGGCGUAGGGCUCUUCGCGGUCGACGUCUCCGUGCUCGGAGGCGAGCAGGAGGUCGAGGUCCUCAGCGCUCGGUGCUCCCGGCUCGCCGUCGGGCCAGCGGGCGCGGCGCAGCCCGUCCUCGCGUGCCUUGGUCAGCACAGCCGGUAUCCCGAGCUGUUCGUGGUGGCGGACUCGCGCGCCCGCAUCUUCCUUUUGCCGCUCGCGUCGCCGAGUCUGCGCCGCCCGCGAGAGAGCUUGCCCCCGGGCGGGCUGGACGCGGCUGCACUCGACAACCGCGUCGGCGGCGGCCCGCGGCGGCCGCUCUCUCCCUCGUCUCCGGUUUAUGGCGUCUUCGACAGCGACCGCAGAGACGGAGCUCGAGACUCACUCGGCUUUCUCGGGCCGCGCAACUCGGCGCUCAUGCUUCUCAUGGGCCCCACAGCUUCGCCGCACUCGCCCCCGGCUUCGCGCAGCCUCGCGCGGAUGCCGCCCUCGCCGGCCUUUGGGCUGGCGCGUGGAGCCUCGCCGCGGUCGCUGGAGGACGCCGAGCCGAGGCCGCUGCCGGGUUUCGCCGCCCCGCGAAAUCCGCUGCUCGCGUCGUCCUCGGCGGUUACGCGUGUCGCAGGCAGGGAGGAGGCGCGGCGGGCGCCGCGCGAGUGCCUGGAGCGAGGCGAAGGCCGCGGCAUCGGCUUGCCGGCGCCCCUCUCUGCAGGCUCGCCGCCCUCCUUGUGCCGGCGCGCGUCGCCCGCGGACUCCGAGACGUGGAGUGUUUCUUCUUCGUACCGCUCGUCGUCCUCCGGCGCAUACUCGACGUCCUCCUCAGCUCCUGACGCGGCGAGAUGUCAGCCGUCAACGAGUCUGCCUUCUCUGGUGCCUUCCUCUUCAUACUGCUGCGCGGGUCAGGGCGGAGGAGGCCGCGGCCCGCGAGGCGGGACAGGCGUGGCGUCUCCGGGUGAGGGCCUCGCCGUUGGCAGUCCAGUCUGUCGCAUGCGCCAGCUGAACCCUUACCUCGCGCGAUUCCGGCAGCCCGCGCCUCCCCCCCCUUCGAUCUUCGCAGACGCGGACGGCUGCGGGAGGGACGAGAAGGCCUCGGGAGGCGCGCCGCGCCUGUUCUUCUCGUGCGCGUCACCCUCGUCGCCGCUGCUUCUCCCAGGCGGCGUCUGCCAGCCGAAUGCAGUCAUGCCUGGGCGCUGGGUGCCCGUCGGGCUCCUUCGGCUCGCAGAAAGGGAGCAGGAGAAGCUCGAGAAGCAGCUCCAGCGCGGCAAGGCCAAGGUCAGCCGGUCGAAGGAGGCCAACACGGAGGUCUCUGUGCGGACACUCCGCAUUCGCUUCGCGUCGCCGAGCUCCACGCUGUACGUCCUCGUUCUGUGCCACGUCUCAGUCGUCGGCGACAAGUCCGAGAGCCACGUGGGGGGCGUCCUCGCGCUCGUGCUGGUGAAUCUCCUCUCGAGCCUCCCUGAGGCCUGGGUGGAGAUUAUUCCGUGCGAGCCGGAUGUCGUCGCGCUCGCUAGGGAGCACAGGGACGCGCUGCCAGACCUUCUGUACAGGCCGCCCGCCGCAGCCGAGGGGGAGGGGGGCUCGAAGACCCUCCAAGACGAGGCGGCGGGAGCCCAGAGACCCGAGGCAGACGCCUCGAGAGGCGACGCCGGGAAAACCCGGCAGUCCCGAGGCUCGCCCGCGACCUCCGUCUCCUGCCCGCGGUCGCGAGUCAUCAGCACAACCAUCCUCGAGCCCAUCGAGGGCGGAAACAAAUGGGUCGUCGCUGGCCCGGGGGUACUCGCCCUCGCUCGAGUGAGGCUGCCGCACGAAUUGAUCUGCGAGGCUGCGCAGCGAGACGCGGGCGAAGACGCCGACGACGAGCGAAGGAGACGGCGUGUGGCGCAGGAGAGAGGCCCCGGAAGUCGGGAAGGCAGGGAGGCCUUCGUGGAGCGAGAAGGACUAAAGGCUCAGAUGGACGUUGUCUGGAACGCCAGAGAAAUCCAGGCCGUCGCCAACGUCGCUCCACCUGUCUCCAUCGCGGGCACGUGGUUCACGGGGUGUAUGUACUCUGCGUCCCCCCUUUCGUCUCUACAAGAUAUCGGGCCGUCUCACCCUCUCUUCUACUUUGCGUCAGCGAUCUCCUCCACCGGGAGCCGUUUCCUGUCGUCUCUUCAAGAAGAUAUUCAGCACCUCGUUUUGCUUUCCACCGCGAAAGGCGAGCUCCUCCUCCUGCGCUGGCUGGAGCAGAGGCAAGCGCUUCAGCUCCUGGAGCGCAAGGCAACUCAGAACGCGCGCCGGGCCUCAACGCUCGAGCGUUUCCUGCGCUUGAGCUACAGCCUUGGAGACGAAGUCAAUGCAGCGGAGGAACUGGCAGAUGAAUGUGACUUGCCGGAAGAGGAGAGGGAGCGACGCUGGAAGCAACUCGGCGCGGAGGGCACCGUCUUGAGGGUGACUGCUCCCCAUCCUCAACUGGCGAAGCAGCAGAAGUCUGCCGAAGAUGCGAGGAAAGCAGAGCCGCUCGAACGCAGCGGGGGUGCCUCCUCCGUUGCCGCACGAGGGGCGAAGAAAGUGCCUGUUAGUACGCGGUGGUGCGAAGAUGUCGCGGCAGUUCGCUUGCGCGCAGCGGCAAUCCUGAAGAGUGCGCCUCUGGUACACCUUCCCGGAGCCAAGCAGGAGAAAAGCAAUUACGAAAGAAGCUCACCGGAGCGACGAGAUGCUUCUGCCGACAGAAAGACACGAUCGAACAGGUGGUGUGACGGCGAUGGACGCGAAAAGCCAACUCCCUACGGGCAGAUGCCGGCCGGCAAAGAGCGCGGACGCGCGAGACUCGACCCGUGCGACCGCAUGAGCUCCACAGAAGACGAAGGCGACGCAACGUCGCGGGAGGAGGGCGACGAGUCAAGUCUGGCGGGAAGCGAAGACGAAGUCGAUGACGACGCUGGAGUGGCAACGGAGGAGUAUGUGUUCGAGAGCCAGCGCUCUUUGCUUUUGGUUUCCUAG